GUGACCAGGUAACCCUGCCAGGGUGCUCACAGCUGCCAGAGCAGGGCAUAACAUCAAUUGACAAUCUGAUAUAAUAGGUAAUGCAAGAAAAUAGCAAAUAACAUUGCAAAUUAAACAAAAUGAAGUUAAAUAAUCCAUAAGAAAAUACAAAGUAUUAAAUUAAAUUUAAUUAAUUAACCAAAAGCUUGUUUAAAUAAAAGUUAAUCCAGGCGUCUCCUGAAGAGGGUCACCAAGCCAGCCGAGGAGGUCAAGGGGGCAUCUGUGCUCCUCAGGUAGUCCGCACAGGUGGCUUGGUCGUUGUCCUUGUAUGCUGCCAACUGUCUGGCAGAGAUUUCCAGGUGGCUUCCAACAAGAAUCAAAACACAUUUCUUAAAAACAAUGAAACAAUAAGAGCACCAUAAUAGAACAGUGACAAUAUCAUAGUGGUAAUUUAAAUAAUGCAGUGAGUGAGAAGGACAACCAUAUUUAUUAUUAUUAUAACAUUUCUAUGCCGGCCCUUGCUGAAGCCUCGGGGCGGCUUACAGCACAAUAAAAUACAUUGAAAUACAAUAGAGUAUAAUAAAUUACCAUUAAAUACAAAAAUACAAAAAUACAUUGAGUUACAAACAUAAUAAAAUAAAAUUAUCAGUAUAAAAUACAUCAUUAACAUCAACUAAGCUAAGCUCAGUUCUCAAAAUGCCUCAUGGCGUUUUUGCCUGGCUCCAAAAAGAGAACAGUGUUGGCCCUGCAGGGCAUUGUGCUGCUCUGGGGGUGCGUCCGCGGAAUAUAUUAGAGGGCAGAACUUUGCCACCGAGCUCCAGGUAGGUGUGUCGGAUGUGGCUCGCCGCCUGCAUCCAGCCCGCCCUUCGGUGUGUCCUCAGGCGCCAGCGUGGCCCGGGACGUGGAGACCUCGUGCUCGGCCCGGCUGCCUUCGCGGCUCACGGGAGAGCUUUGGCCGGCCACUGAUUCUCGGGGCCAUGGCGAGAGCGACCUGCAGGGGAGGGCUCCCUGAGCAGCCAUGGGCUUCUUGUGGGAACUGUAGCAAGCAAAUACUCUGAUGAUGUAAAUUUCGUUACGCAUCCAGAUAAUACAUGCAUAAGGAAGAACAAAGAUUCAACAGCAACAGUCGUGUUCAUUGAAAGUCAUUGAAUGUGUUUUUCAAAAAAUAAGGAACGCAAGAAUCUUCUCAUAAAAUUAUGAUGAGAAUAAAUAGUAAUAUCAGAAUAAGAAUUUGCUUAGUUUAACCUUAUGAUCCAUCAGAAAUCAAAAGACCCAAGUAAAUGAAAGAGGUCAAAGGCAGACUGGGUGAAGAACCCUCCCGAGGCGUCGCUCGCCUCAUCGUGACUGCAUUGCACCGUUUUCCCUCUGAAAGGAACACGCGGUGGCUGCUCGCAACAGCCCUGUGAGGCUGGCUAGACUGGGAGUCAGUAAUGGGCCGGGUUCCCCAGUGAGCUUCGUGGCUAGGCGGGAUUAGAGCCAGUCCCCGGGUCCCAGCCCACCCCGCAAGGCCCUUCUGUGCGUCCCCCUGCCCUAUUACGAGGGAGCCAUCACCAUGGUUGAUCUGCCGAAUGCAGAAUUCUCUGCCCUGGCACAUUUGCUGGAAUGACAAUUUUGCAUCCAAAGAAGGCUUCUGUUUUGUUUGCUGCAGUAGUGGGAAGCUCCAGAUGUAGCCAGAUUCCGAUGCCCAUCUGCUCCAGGCAGGACAGGGAAUGGAGUGAGAAGAAGACGCUUCUGACCCUUGGAGAACCCGCUGAGACCCACCUUCACUGCAGCAGUAGAUGCUCAGACAAGGAGCCAUGCGGGGGAGAGGGGGAAUGGCCCCUUUCCGGCUCGCUGGAAGCAGGAAGGAAGGGCCUCGCUUCCGGGAGGCGGCCCCCUUCUCCGGAGGGCUCCCUGCCCCACGAGGUGUGGGCCGUGGCGGAGGAAGGAACCCGCUCCCCUCCGGCAGUGGGACCUCUCCUCUCGCUUGCCUGAACGCGAUGCUGCACACCAACUCCCGUGGGAGUGAGGGCAUUUUCUAUAAGGUCCCAGGGAGGAUGGGCGUCUACACCCUGAAGAAGGAUGUUCCAGACGGGUUGAAAGACCUCUCUGAGGGCUCCGAGGAGAGCAGCGACGUGCAGUCAGACUCUCCCACCUCCGAAAACAGCAGCAGUGGCGGGAGCAGCAGCAGCAGCAGCAGCGACCGGAGUAGCGUUAAGGAAGGGAGGAAAAGCAGGUGGCGAAGGAAAGAAUCCCCCAGGCUCUCGCAAGUGUCCUCCCCACAGCCAGGCUGCCCGUCUCCUUCCAUCGCGUCGGGUAAGGGCAUCUCGUCGUCGCAGAAGCUCAGCAAGAAGGCACUGAAGCAGGCCCUGAAGCAGAAGCAGCGGAAGCAGCAGCAGUGCCGAGCCAGCGUGCCCGUCUCCUCCGGCCACAGCCUCCUGCAGCCGCACCACUCGCGGUCGGCCGGCCACUCGGCCCCGGCAAAACCCGCCUGGGAAGGGAAGCCACCCGACGGACACUCCAGCAGCUCCCAGAACUCGACUUCCAGCUCCUCUCCUUCCAUCAAGGCAGAGCCCUCGUUGCCGGUCCUGGGGAAGAAGCCCUUCCAGAGGUCUGAGCGGCUCCACGCAAGACAGCUGAAGAGGACGAAGUGUGCUGAAAUAGACGUGGAAACGCCAGACUCCAUCCUGGUGAACACCAACCUGCGGGCUCUGAUCAACAAGCACACGUUCUCGGCGCUGCCCGUGGACUGCCAGCACCGGCUGCUGCUGCUGCUCCCCGAGGUGGACCGGCAGACUGGGCUGGACGGCCUGAUGAAGCUGAGCGGCUCUGCCCUCAACAACGAGUUCUUCACCUCUGCUGCCCAAGGCUGGAAGGAGCGGCUGUCGGAAGGGGAGUUUACUCCGGAGAUGCAGCUGAGGCUUCGGCAGGAGCAGGAGAAGGAGAAGAAAGUGGAGCUGUGGAAGGAGCAGUUCUUUGAAAGCUACUACGGGCAGAGCUCUGGGCUGAGCCCCGAAGAGUCCAAGCAGCUGACGUCGUGUCCACUUGCCGCUCCGAGUCCAGCGGAGCCUGGGAGCCCCACGGCUCUCCCGCAGGCACGCGCACCAGUCUCUUCCGGGGCACCUGGCAAUGAAGAGGCUGCUCCCCCGGUGGGGGCAGAGGCCCAGGAGCCCCCGGUGCCGCCAGUCGGUGGCAGAGGAGAGGAGAGGGAGCAGCCCGGAGCCCCCCGGCCGGUGAAGCACGAAGAUGCCCGCGAGAGCUGCCGGAGCCCCCUUCGGCCUACCAGGGGGACCGAGGACCCCGCGCACGCGGAGCCGCCCCGGCCGGCCGGCCCGGAGUCUCAGGAGAAAGGCGGCGUCGGCAAGCCCCGAAGCCCAGCCGGGGCCGGCCCCGAAGGCGCUCGGGAGGCCGCCGGCGUGGAGCAGAUGGAGACAGGCGCCCGCUCCGCCAAGAGGAAGGCCGAGGCUCCGGGGGAGCUGCCGGCCGCCCCAGAGAAGCGCCCCCACGUCGCGGAGAAGGGCUGCUGCAGCCUGCCAUUUCCGGGCUCCCUGCAGCCCUUUCUCGUUGCGCCUGCGCCAAAGGUUCCUCCGCUCAGGAUCCCCUUCUCCAGGAUACACGGCGCUCCGGCCCUCCCCUCCGCCAGCCCGCUCCCCCCCCGGCCGGGCCUCCCACUCGCCACCACUGGUCCCCGAAGGACAGGGGCCCGGACUCUGGCGGACAUCAAGGCCAGGGCACAGAUGGCCAGGGCCCAGCGGGCCGCCGCCAUUGCUGCCGCCGCCGCCUCCGGGGCCACGGCGGCAUCCGCCGCAGGGUCUGUGCCGGGCCCCGGCCCCGGGGGCGGGGGCACGGGCGCAGCGGAACGGAGCAGCCCGGCCUCCGGCAAGCCCCACAGAACCUCCCCGGGCUGGGCAGGCCCCGGCAGCGGAGCGGAGCCCCCUGGGCCGUCGCCCCGCGGUCCGGCAGGGGGCUCCUCGGCAGCGGCUGCGGCUGCCCCACCCGCAGGCUGCGGCGGUGCUGCGAGAGCACAGCUACAGCCAGCGCCCCCCGCGCAGCCCCGGCCGGCCGGCGGGGUCCCUGGGGCGGGGCCUCCGGCCCCCUCCCGCUCCCAGCCCGCCGUAGCCAUCGCGGGCUGCCCCAGCCCUUCCGCCAGCCCAAGCAGGGGGGCCCCAUCCCCCGCCCUGCCCCCGGCCAGCCGGCCCCCGGAAGCCCCCGGCGAUGCUGCGCGCAGGACGGCCGGCCGGGCCACCCCUGCGUCCCCCGCUGCUGCCAGCACCGGCGCGUCUGGAGGCCGGGGCCCCCCCUUGCCCCCAGAGUGCCGGGCCUCAGCCGUGACCCCCGGGGCCCCUCCGCCCCCUCCCCUGCAGGGCGGUGUGGUGGCUGGAGCUGCUCCAUCCCCCGGCGCUUUGCCGGGAGCCCCCGGGCCCCGGCCCCCCCUGGGCGGCCCCGGGGCAAGCCGGAGCGCCCCGCCCAGCAAGGCCAGCGCCAGCAUCCCGGCGAACAACCCCCUCGUCGCACAGCUGCUGCAGGGCCAGGCGGUGCCCCUGGAGCGGAUCCUGCCCCGGCGCGGGGCGCGGGGCGAGGCCAAGCCUGCCCUGCCCCUGCCCACGCGGGAGGCCCUGGCCGCCCCCCAGCCCAGUCCCCCGGGAGAAGUGGGGGAGGGCCAGCCCCCCCUCGCUGCCUUCCCACUUGGGAAAGCGGGGGCGGGCUGGGGCAAGCCGCAGCCCCACGGCCCUCCCCCCGCCCCCUCCCUCCCGGGGCAGGAGCUGUGGAGCCCCGGUGCCCAGCCGGGCUCGGGCCGGGAGCCGCAGGAGCAGCUGCUGCAGACCCUCCUGCACCGGGCGCCGGCUCAGGGCCCCCCACGGGCGGUCUCCCCCCCGCCCCGCCUGCCCCCCCUACCCCUGGACCUCCUGCUUGAGGGCGGCUCGGCCGGGCAGAGCUUCGUGCUGGGCUUCGUGGGGAGACGGACGGCCCGGCCCGCCAUGUCUGGACACUACCUCCUGAACGUCUCCACCUACGGGCGCUGCUCAGAGAGCCUGCGGAGGAGCCUCGCCGUGCCCCUGGAGAGCCGCCGGAGCCCAGAGGGGCCACGCGUCCAGCUCGCUGAGCGGGAGCCGGCCGCCGGUGGGGGCAGCGGCGGGGGAGUCGCGGGCCAGACGGACCCCCCUGGAAGCGAGGCAGCCGGUCCCGCAGCUCAGGAAGAAGCGCCGGGCCUGGAGUGGGGCGGAGGCUGGACGGCGGCACCGGUGCGGCAGGCGGCAGGAACCCAGAAGGAGGGGGCCCCCCCUCUGCUCUCCGCGGGGCAGGGCUGCGCCGCCAGCGCCCCCGUGGCCCAGGACGUGGAGCAGGCGGCCCCCGCCGCGAGCGGGGACACGCGGCCCGGCAGCGGCACGGAUCUCCCCCCUGCCGGCGCUCCAGCGGAGCCGGCCCGCCCCCGGCCCGUGCCGCGCUCCCCCGCGCAGCCGCCCCGGCGGUUGGGCGGGCCGGGCUACAGCGGCACCAUCAACGUCUCCGCCUCGCCGGAGCUGCACCAGGAGGCGCUCCUGACGGGGCUGGCGGACCCCGACCGCAUGGGCGACGUGGUGUCCUUCUCCGUGACGGUGACCACCAUCCCCGCCGGCCAGGCCACCGGCCCGGGCGGCCACGAGCACCCGCUGCACAGCCAGGCCUUCUCGGACGGCGGCGGCGGCGGCCUGGCCGAGCUGCCCCCCAAGUGCUACUGCCGGCUGAAGGCCAUGAUCGUCUGCCAGGGCUGCGGCGCCUUCUGCCACGACGACUGCAUCGGCCCCUCCCGGCUCUGCGUCUCCUGCCUGGUCGUGCGGUAGCGGCCCGGCCAGCCGGCCGGCCCUCCUGGGCAGGGGGCCUCGCCCGCCCCGAGCGACAGAAGCACCUUGGCCGCCCGCCGCGCCUUGCAGAGACGAGCGUUUGCACUUAAGGAAUCAUGUAAAUACGUUGCUUUGUUUUGUCUUAAAAUUACUCUUUACCAGUC